GAGGUCAAACGGUGGCUCUAACAUUAUUAGGACCACCACCGGAACCUCUUACGCUGGAUGUUCAAGAAGUUUUGCAAAUGCGAGCACAUGAAAGUAAACCAGUUAUCAAUGAACCUAUACUCAUUGAGAACGAACGGAAAGAAGAAUGGAAACGAAAACGCGUGAAAGUUAUUAGGCAAAUGUUGGACGAAGAACGUCGGCAUGUUGAA